AUUCGAUAGUUUUUAGCCGAAAUCGAUAUUAACCGUGUCGCGCUAGUGUUGGUCAAUGCUCGGCACGUCACCAGAGCCAAGGAAUAUCAAUUGUUUUUUUUAAACAAAACAAAUACAAUUCCCUGGUACCAUGGACAAGGACACGUUCACGCUGCAGGCCAUCCGGCAGGACCUGAUCGACAACAACCUGCAGGCCAAGGCGAUCAUACAGGACAUCCUGAACAGUCGCACCUCAAUCGCCGAACUGGAGGAGCUGAACGAAGCGGGACGCUCUAAGCUGUCGGCUAUCAGGAGAAGCAUCGAACGCCUGGACGACUGGGCUCGGGACACGGCAGACGCGGCGCUGACCAAGGAGGUGGACACCCACCGCGACCAGUUCUCAAAAACACUGCAGGCCUUCCGAAAAGCCAACGUAUCCACGAUGCUCGAGAUCGAGAAGGCCAACCGCGAGGAGCUGAUGGCCAUUACCGGCGAGAGCGAGCUGCGCCAGCGAUCGACGGCGCGGGCACGUCACAACCAGGGCAGCCUGGUAUCCCAGGAGAACGAUGUUACGGAGAAGAUGCUGGCCAUAUCCCGGCAUCUGUCGGAGACCACCCAGAAGAGUGCUGUCACUCUGGAGACGCUGGUGGCCUCGUCCCAGAACGUGGAGGCUACCAGCGACGAGUUGCAGAACACGGCCGGUAGCAUAACUAUGUCCGGCAAGCUGCUCAAGAAGUACGGACGACGCGAGUGCACCGACAAGAUGCUGCUCUUCUUCGCCUUCUGCUUGUUCCUCGCCUGUGUCUUUUACAUCGUCCAGAAGCGGCUCUUCUAGAUCGCCGGGAGACGCUCCCCUUCCCUGCCUAGCUUAAGAUUGUCGGUUUUGUUGCCUAGGAAUUAGAUAUUUUAAGCUUAGCACAUGACCGUAACUUGUAAGCACCGCUCCUCUUUAAAAUAUUUAGUGAAUUAUUCACGUUGUAAGCAUGUAUGUAAAUGUGGUUUAAAUCGUAUAAAAUACAGUGCAGGUUGAUAAGGA